UACACAAUUCAUACGUUUUAUUUUUGAAAAACACUGAAAGAAUUUAAUAUGAUUUUUUUCCUUAAAUGUCAUUGUAAUACCCACACUCCAGUCCAAUAGGUGGCGGUAAUGAACCUUUGAGAUGAGCUGCCAGCCGCCAUUAAACCUGAAAGAAGAAGAAGCUAAAUCUUUAAGCGCCAUGCUGUGUUUGUGUUCUUCAUCAUUUAUGUGAUUUAAUGGUUGUGUUUGUCAUCUCUUUCGGUAGGAACUGAUCUGUCCAUGCUGGAUAUUUAUGAUUUCAUCACAGAAAUCUCUCAGCUGAAGAAAGAAGUGGCGUUACUGGUCACAAAGCUGAGGAGAUGAAUGACUGAAAAGAAAGAAGAUGUGUCUUCAAACAAGCUGAUUCAGAUUCUCAUCUACAAUGACGUCAAUAUAAGAAGUCCUGCCCACAACUGGUGACAAUCUGCCUUAUUAUCACAGACGCAGCCCUGAGUGAGAGUCCAUCAUUUUUGUAUGUUCGCUGUAGCAGCUGGAAUCUUACAAUGUCUGCACUGAAGAGGAAUUACAAAUGUUUUGUUUUGGGAUGUACCAAUGAACAUCCGAGUCUCUAUACACUCCCACAAUCUGAGUCACUGAGGGCAUCAUGGUUAGAUUUCAUUUUUUAUGGCAAUGUCCCAAAGAAAGUACCUAGAAUGUUACACGUUUGCGCCAAUCAUUUUACACCAGACUGCUUCAAAAACGAGAGACAGUUCAACGCUGGUUUUUCAACCAGCUUGAUUCUGAAUAAUGAAUCAAUACCAACGCUUCGUUCUCAAACCGUAAAAUCAGAACAAGAUGUAUCUGGUGUCUCUGUCUGUGGCAUCACUGAUCAAACAUCUACAGAGGUUCUGGUUUCUGUCUGUAAUGGAGAAGAAGAGAAGACAUCAGUAAAUCUGCUGGACUGUGGGAUGGAGCUGAAACAAGAAAUCACAGAAGAAGAAGAAGAACAGACAGAUGAAGGAGAUCUGAUACAUUCAGACCUCAAUGUGAAGUUGGAAAGUUUUCAAUCAAAUGACACGGAGGAGAAACCUCAUCGUUUUAUACCAGGAGAAGAUUCUCUGAGCUGCUUGAAGACUGAGAUUUUGUCAGACAAUGAUUUUUGUACGUGCUCUCGAUGUGGAAAAAUAUUCAAUAGUCAGUCCGACCUUAAAGCGCACAUGCAAAUUCACACUGAAGAAAGACCUUACAGUUGUGACCAGUGUGGAAAGAACUUCACUCAAAAGGCAAGCUUAAAUAUGCACAAGAAAAUUCACACUGGAGAAAGACCUUACAGUUGUGACCAGUGUGGAAAGACGUUCACUCAAAAGGCAAACUUAAAUAUGCACAAGAAAAUUCACACUGGAGAAAAGCCUUACAGUUGUGACCAGUGUAAACAGACCUUCCUUUAUAAGUCCAAACUUAUUGGGCACAAGAGAAUUCAUACUGGAGAAAAGCCUUACGGUUGUGACCAGUGUGAAAAGAGCUUCGCUUCUAAGUUUAGCCUUGAUGUGCACAGGAGAACUCACACAGGAGAAAAGCCUUACGGUUGUGACCUGUGUCAAAAGAGCUUCACUUCUAAGUUAAACCUUGAUGUGCACAGGAGAUCUCACACUGGAGAAAAGCCUUACAUUUGUGACCAGUGUAAAAAGAGCUUCGCUUCUAAGUUAAACCUUGAUGUGCACAGGCGGACUCACACAGGAGAAAAGCCUUAUGGUUGUGACCUGUGUGGACAAACUUUCAAUUAUAAGUUCUACCUUGCUGUGCACAGGAGAAUUCACACUGGAGAAAAGCCUUACAGUUGUGACCAGUGUGGACGGACCUUCACAUUUAGUUGCCACCUUACUGUGCACAGGAAAAUUCACAAUAGAGAAAAGCCUUACAGUUGUGACCUGUGUGGACAGACCUUUGGCUUUAAGUCCCACCUUACUGAGCACAGGAUAAUUCACACUGGAGAAAAGCCUUACAGUUGUGACCAGUGUGGAGAGACCUUCAUUCGUAGGUUUAGGCUUGAUGUGCACAAAAGAAUUCACGCUGAAGAAAAGCCUAAAAUACCUAGAAUGUUACACGUUUGCGCCAAUCAUUUUACAUCAGACUGCUUCAAAAACGAGAGUCAGUUCAACGCUAGAUUAUCAACCAGCUUGAUUCUGAAUAAUGAGUCAAUACCAACGCUUCGUUCUCAAACGAUAAAAUCAGAACAAGAUGUAUCUGAGGUCUCUGUCAGUGGCAUCACUGAUCAAACAUCUACGGAUCUUCUGGUUUCUGUCUGUAAUGGAGAAGAUCAGAAGACAUCAGUAAAUUUGCUGGACUGUGGGAUGGAGCUGAAACAAGAAAUCAAAGAAGAAGAACAGACAGAUAAAGGGGAUCUGAUACAUUCAGACCUGAAUGUGAAGUUGGAAAGUUUUCAAUCAAAUAACAUGGAGGAGAAACCUGAUCAUUUUAUUCCUGGAGAAGAAUCUCUGAGCUGCUUGAAGACUGAGAUUUUGACAUUUGAAGAUUUUUGUACGUGCUCUCAAUGUGGAAAAAUAUUCAAUAGUCAGUUCGACCUUGAUGCACACAUGCAAAUUCACGCUGAAGAAAGACCUUACAGUUGUGACCAGUGUGGAAAGACCUUCACUAGAAAGGCAAACUUGAAUAUGCACAAGAGAAUCCACAAUGAAGAAAAGCCUUACAGAUGUGACCUGUGUGAACAGAUCUUCCUUUAUAAAUCCCAAUUUAUUGCGCACAAGAGAACUCACACAGGAGAAAAGCCUUACAUUUGUGAACUGUGUGAAAAGGGCUUCGCUUCUAAGUUUAGCCUUGAUGUGCACAGGAGAACUCACACAGGAGAAAAGCCUUACGGAUGUGACCUGUGUGGACAAACCUUCAAUAGUAAGUCCUACCUUGCUGUGCACAAGAGAAUUCACACUGGAGAAAAGCCUUAUAGAUGUGACCAGUGUGGUCGGACCUUCACUUUUAGUUGCCACCUUUCUGAGCACAAGAAAAUUCACAAUAGAGAAAAGCCUUACGGUUGUGACCUGUGUGGACAGACCUUCGGCUUUAAGUCCCACCUUACUGAGCACAGGAUAAUUCACACUAGAGAAAAGCCUUACAGUUGUGACCAGUGUGGACAGACCUUCAUUCGUAGGUUUAGGCUUGAUGUGCACAAAAGAAUUCACGAUGAAGAAAAACCUUAGAGACGUGACCAUACUGUCUAUGAUAACACGGUAUAAUUUUUUAGAUGAUAAAAAGUGUCAUCUUGUGAUAUUAAUGAUAUAGUGAUGCAAUGACAUAUAGCGCAUUUACGUUCCCGCACAGCAACAACACCUGAGAGCAAGAGCAGCAUGUCAGCCACACCGUUGAGUACAAACAUGCUGUGAAGGUCAACGAGGAGGAGAUACUAGCAGCUGGUGAUGUGCAGCACCAAAGUAAACAAGACUCAAACGAGCAUCACUGGAGCAUUCGCUAGUUGCACUCCAUAUGACAGCAAGAGUAAACGAUGGAUGGAAAUUACUGAUGUGGCUACAUACUGUUUGGCCAACUACGGGUAGAAAAUAUUUUUUCAAAGACAUCCCUACCUAUGAUGGAUGAAGCAUGCCGCAACAAAUUAGCUGCUACGCUAUCAUGAGUGGAUUUUUUUGCCUCAACCAAUGUAACGACUGAGCCAGGUCAGACACAAAAUAACUACUUAUAUUUUAUGAAUAUAACCACCAGACCCUCCCCGACCAGCAGGCCAGGGACCAGGGGUUUCUAACACCACCCCAUACUGCUUUUAACACUCAGCAGAACCAGGCCUCUGGCCAUUAUGUCAACACAUCAAGAUGAAAGUUUUACGAGUUCUAUUUAAUCAUGCAUGUAUUCACAUAUUAAUGUAUGAGGGAAAUGUCUUAAACACCAAGAACAUAAUCAAAUAUUUCUAAUCUUAUCAUGGAUUGUUAUAUCAGUAUAUUAACCCAAACUAGUUAAAAAGAAUGUUUAGUAUUACUUUAUCAAAAUCAUAUCUAGACCAUGGUUGGUAUCUAUGUGUACCAUUUUUGAUUUCCUGAUGCAUUAUGUUUUGGAAACUCUUCUUCAUAUUAUUUUAAAAAAAAACUCUUAAACAUUUCCACCUCAACAUCAAAUCGAAUCCAUAUGCAAAACAGCUGGAAGGCAAAGUCGGUUAACUUUCCCUCUAAAAGUAUGAUCUCUGAUUGGGUCAGACACCUCUUUAAGGGGUGACCUAUUCACAGCUUAAAGACUCCUGCCUAAGAACACACCCUAAGUUCUUAUCUGAGUUCUUAUGGGAGUUUUGUGUGUAGAGCAUCUCUUUAAGUUUUUCUUUCUGGAUACAUUUGAGUCUUUUCAGGACUCUCAUCAGGAUGCGGAUGCGAAAAUAGACGUUUCCAGCGUACCUCUAAGUUUGUGCCAGGCAUGGCCUUGUCUUUUCAUUUACCAAGGAUCAUCUGCAUCAAGCUGGCUUUCUCUCUCAUCAAUCCUUUCAGCCAAGAUCAACUGAAGCCUUAUCAAACUACAUCAGGACAGUUUCUUUUAAUGGCCAACACAUGCAAGUAUCAUACUUGGUUAAAAGGGGAUAAUGAUGCGUGAUGCAUCAGUGAAUAAGACUAAGGUGCAUUCGCAUUAGGUAACUGAUGGUUCGUUUUAGGCUUUGAUCUGCUGAAUUACAAGUACUACCAUAACUUCAUGGUUUAUUCUUUUCUCUACUUAAACCUUUACCUUCACCUUUUUGAAGGUCGCAGUCUCCUAAGAGUCUCCACAAAGCGCCGCCUCAUUUACAAAUCUAUUUAUCCAAUUAAAGGUACAAAAAAACUUUUUGGAUCAGCUCAAACUGUUAGUCGAACCUCUUAAAGGCGGAGUCCAUGAUGUUUGAAAGCCAAUGUUGAUAUUUGAAAUCACCUAAACAAACACGCCCCUACCCCAAUAGAAUCUGGACCUUCUGUUGAUAGACCCGCCCCACACAUACGCAACCCGGCAUUUGAUUUGAUUUGAUUGGCUAUAAGUGUGUUUUGGUAGUCGGCCCGUCUCCUUUUCCAACGCGUUUUUCAAACAUCGUGGACUCCGCCUUUAACUCCGCCCCCUGAGUACAGCAAACUAAAGUUCCACAGCAGAGCAGCUGAACGUCUUGCAACGGUAAAUAAAUAUCUUGUUGUUUGAGACAACGUUGUCUCUUUACAAAAGAAACACUUUUAUGUUUAUAACAUAACGGUUUAUAUUUUAUUGAAUUGGCAGCAGAGAGAGAGAGGGAGGGGCUAACAUUAUCAUUUGAAUUUUAGCCAAUACCCUAUAAAUAGCCUGUGCAUACAGUAAUAUUACAUAUUUUAUAAAUGGCGAUUUUGGCCAAAUGUUUUUUACAACAGGAAAAGUAAUGUGAUGCUGUCGUUUUAAUGACCAUCAAAGUGCACAUUUCCACACAUUUGCUGGUCAAAAACCUGGCUAACUGCAUUUAACUUGAGUGAUCCUCGUCGUCAGCUAAGUAAAAUAUAUUUUUUAAGAAAUUUCUUCGAUUUAUGAUCUGCUGGUACACUUAAUUCAUUAACAUUUAAUUGUAUAUAUGGUCACACAUUUUGGAUAAUGUUUACGAUGUUAACAUGCAUACUUGCUCGCUAAAUCAUUUUUUUAAUGUAGUAUUGUAUACUCCCUGAUUGUUUUCACAUGUAUAAACAUAGUAAAACAUGUUUUACUACAGUGAUGUUGUAGUAACUUAAAACAUCACAGAAUCAUCA